AUGGCAGCCGUGGAUGUUUCAAAUCAGCGAUUUUCAUAUGCCAAUCUUGCAAAAGUGAGCAUGAAAUCAUCGUUUGUAAACCGAUUAUCUGCGCCACCAGCUAUUGGAUGUUUUGACUUCGAAGAUGCAAACAAAGUUGAUCGAUUAGUUUUGAAUAAAUUUAUAUUAUAUGAGACUAAAACGAAUUAUUAUAUGGUGGGAUCUAAUCAAAGUGAUAACAGAUUCCGGAUAUUGAAAAUCGAUCGAACGACGCCUACAGAACUCACCGUGAUUGAGGAUGAUGUUAUCUAUUCUAAACAAGAAAUAACUGAUAUUUUAACAGUUCUUGAGGAAGGAAAUAGAGUCUCUGGAGGUUUAAACAAAGUUGUAAUGGCGUAUGGGAUUGUAGGAUUUAUUAAAUUUAAUGAAGGAUACUACAUUUCAUUAAUUACAAAGAGAAGCGCUGUUGCCUUAAUAGGAGGUCAUUAUAUUUAUCAUAUCGAUGAAACAAUUCUUAGACCCAUUGGUCCGCCUACGAAACCUGAAAAGAAUUCUGAUGAAUACAGUUAUACGUAUGAUAUUACACACACGUUACAGCAUAAUAUGACACAUCCACCAAAUCGUAAGAAUUUUUCAUACAACGAAAUGUUUGUUUGGAAUCAUUAUUUAUUAGAAACUGGAUUCAGAAGCUUAAAAAAUAAUUCGGACUGGAUUCUUCCGAUUAUACACGGAUUCGUGGAUCAGUCAAAAAUAUCAAUUUUUGGACGAAAUAUUUUCGUAACGUUGAUUGCACGAAGGUCUCGUUAUUUUGCCGGGGCUCGUUUCUUAAAACGUGGUGUUAAUGAUCAAGGGUAUGUUGCCAAUGAUGUAGAAACUGAGCAAAUCGUAUCGGAAAUGAGUACAACUUCUUUUCAUCGAUCCGGUCUCUAUGAUAACCCGUACUAUUCUUCCUAUGUUCAACAUCGUGGAUCGAUACCGUUAUUUUGGUCACAAGACGUAACAAACAUGUCUCCAAAACCGCCAAUAGCCAUAAACUUUCGAGAUCCCUUCUUUGCUGCUGCGGCAUUGCAUUUCGAUAAUAUGUUUAAACGAUAUGGAGCGCCCAUAAUUGUUUUGAAUUUGAUUAAGACAAAAGAAAAAAAUCCACGUGAGGGAAUUUUAGGAGAUGAAUUUUCAGAGACUAUGGCUUAUUUAAGUCAAUUCUUACCAGAUAAAUGUUUAAAGUAUAUCGCAUGGGAUAUGUCAAAAGCCAGAAAGGGUGACGAAGAUGUUGUAGACUUGAUGGAAGGUUUCGCUGAAGAAUAUUUGGCAGACACUGGAUUUUUCCAUAGUGGGCCAGAGGCAUGGAUAAAUGUUUUAAAAAGAGAAGAGAA